AUGCAGGUACCUCCGCCGUCCAACGGCGCUGUACCCUGCAAAAAGGAUUAUGCUGUCGGUACCUCGAUCCCUGCGAACAUGGUCCAUGCCGUCUCGGUCUCUCUUCCCCUCUGGAGCGACAACAUCGACUACGAGGAAGGACGACUCUCCAACUUGAUGGAGACUGGAUACCCUCGCUUCUUCAUUCACCGCUCCAUUCAGCGUCUUGCAAGCUUGUUGUGCAAGAAGUUUGCCAAGCCUCAAGAGUCUUGCAUCCUCUUCCCUUCUGCUAGAAUUGCUGAACGAUGCCGCAAUUUCAUGCGAACUCAGUCCGACUCCUCCUCGCCUCUGCCUAUCCGCAUCGUUCGCUUCUCCAUGCUAGAGCAUACCGCCCUCAAUGGAUCGGGUGCUAGCUCCAGUACCGCAGAGCAUGUCUUGGAUCAACAACUUGAAGCGACACACUACCAAGCUUCCAGCACCACCGCCCACUACAUCUUUAUCGUUUUCUUCCCCGAGAACCUCUUCCCGCUCGCCAAGAGCUUCUGGCAGCACACUGGUGACGGCAUCUCCAGUCGACAGGCCGACCGAUGCUUAUCGCUUCUCGAGCAGUCCAAGAGUGCUGAGCAGGACGCUGCUGCAUCUUCCGCCCUUGACGGUAACACGCCUGCCAAAAUCAAUGGCAAUGAUGCUGCUUCAAGCGGAGCCAGCACGGACGACAUUUACAAGAAGCCAACCUCCGCUUCUGCCGGCAAGCGCUUCUACAACCGCUACACACGCACCAACAGCGCGGCUUCUGGCCUGAACGCCACCAACGCUACCCCUUCGCCUACCGCCACUGCUCCUCAGACUCCUUCCAGCAGCGGCAUCAUUCUUCAGCGUCCCUCGUCCUCAGACGAUGAUGCUGCCGCCGCCGCCAUGUCUGCCAGCGUCUCCAGCCUUUCUGGCGUGACGCCCGCUACCAUCCGCUCCUCCACCUCGGUCGAGCAGGGAAACAUUACUGAACCUGCUUCAUCCGACCUUGUCACCUAUGUCGAGGAGCGAUACGGUCGCAACCUGCCUCUCACUUCGGCACCUUCCGCCAAACUUGCCCUCCGACGUCGCAUUGCUGGUACGCUUCUCUCUGACCGAUCCGAGAUGUCAGCCACCAAAACCCCCAGCGAUCAAGUUGGCGAGACUGGCCGUACUGGCACAGGUGUCACCGAAGACGACGUCUACCUCUUCCCGUCAGGCAUGAGCGCCAUUUUCCACGCCCACCAGCUCGCCAUGCGUGCAGCACCCAGACUCAUCCGUGCAGACACCUCUGGCAACGGUAAGCAGCGUGAGGUCGGCAAGAGUGUCUGCUUCGGCUUCCCUUACACCGACACCCUCAAGAUCCUCCAGAAGUUUGGCCCCGGUUGCCACUUUUACGGCCUUGGCGUCGAUCAAGAUCUUGACUUGCUUGAAGAGCUGCUACGUACCCAACAGAAUGCCGAUAUAGACGCUUCCCGGGAAAACUCACACGCACCCAUCUUAGCUCUUUUCUGCGAAUUCCCCUCUAACCCACUGCUACGCUCUCCCAACCUUCCUCGGAUCCGCCAACUUGCCGAUCGCUACAACUUCCUCGUCUGCGUUGACGAAACCAUCGGCAACUUUGUCAACGUCGAAGUUCUCCCCUAUGCUGAUGUUCUCGUCAGUUCUCUCACCAAGGUCUUUUCCGGCGACGCAAACGUUAUGGGCGGAAGCAUGGUUCUCAACCCCAAAGGUUCUCACUAUUACACCCUUCGCAGUGCACUCCAGCAACACUACGAAGAUACGUACUUUGACGAAGAUGCCGUCUUCAUGGAGCGCAACUCUAGAGACUUCAUCCGUCGCAUUGUCAAAAUCGAUAGCAAUACGCGCGCCGUCACUAGCAUGCUCUGGCAAGAAAAGCUCGGUCGGGGACGAUACCCAGGUGUCAUCAAGAAUUUGUUCUACCCGCGCUAUCAGACGCCAGAGAACUACGACGUUUGCAGACGAAAGAAAGCUUUCACCUUGCUCGGACAGAUGGGUGAUGCGGACAAAGAAGAGGGAGGUGGUUACGGCGGUCUUUUCUCAGUGACGUUUUAUAGCGAAGCCGCCAGUCAGGCUUUCUAUGAUAAUCUGCAGUGUGCUAAAGGUCCAAGUCUCGGAACCAACCUGACGCUCGCCAGUCCAUACACUAUCCUGGCGCACUACGGAGAGCUGGACUGGGCUGCACAGUUCGGUGUAGAGCGCGGGUUGGUGAGAGUUUCGGUGGGGCUGGAAGAUGAACAAUUCUUAGUGAACAUGUUCAAGGGUAGUUUGGAGGCUGCGGCUCGUGCUCAUGCUGCCGCCACUACUUCGCAAUAA